GAUACUUUUGUUCUUUUGCAACUCGUGAUUCGUGACAAUGUGGGUUGAGCUAUUUUCGUGCCCGCUUGCUGUAGAAAUCCGUCAACCCGGUGGCGUUUUAGCCCGUUAUGUAUGUCAUGCAUGCCUUUGUGUGAUUGCUGGAAAGACUGCGUCUUACUUCGCCUUGGCAAGCCAACCAACUGCAGUCUCCCCGCCCUUUUUGUGGAAAAGGAGACGUGUUGGGCGGUCGGAAAUACCCCUGUCCAUGCUCGGCCGGUCUCGGCCUUGGGAUGCGGGGGAAUCGGGUCAAGACCCGGUGCGGAUAUCCGAUAGUAACCCGUCUCGUCUGACUGUUUGUCCCAGUUGACGGAUACGAUCCCGACUGUCGAGCGGAACCAACCUCGGUCACGAUACCCGAAUCAGUAGAAAUAAAGCCUCAUUGCUUUGGCUCGUUACGUUCAGCAUCGUCGACAUCACACUUCUUUACGACUCACCCGUAACCCCCACUCGCUCACUCAUACCUCACCUAUCUCACCUACAACUCACUCACCAACAGUUGCUGCAUCCGGCCCAGCAUCCUCUCCGACUUUGACAAGAAACCAUCACCAUGUCCCGCACCAAGGUUCCCCCCAACGGUAUCUGGGCCCCCGCCGUGACGCUCUUCAACCCCGACACGGACGAGCUCGACCUCGAGGCGCAAGCAAAGUACUACUCGUACCUCUCCAAGACGGGCCUCGCCGGCCUCGUCGUCCUCGGCACCAAUGCGGAGCAGUUCCUCCUGACGCGCGAGGAGCGCAAGGCCCUCAUCGCCACCGCCCGCAAGGCGACGGGCCCCGACUACCCCAUCAUGGCCGGCUGCGGCAUGCACUCGGUCAAGCAGGUCCUCGAGCUCCUCAACGACGCCAAGGACGCCGGCGCCGACUCGGCCCUCGUCCUCCCGCCCGCCUACUUCGGCAAGCAGACCACGCCCGCCGUCAUCGACCGCUUCUUCAACGAGGUCGCCGAGAAGACGCCGCUGCCCAUCGUCAUCUACAACUUCCCCAUCGUCUGCAACGGCAUCGACCUCGACAGCGGCACCAUCGCGAAGCUGGCCAAGAAGCACGACACCAUCGUCGGCGUGAAGCUCACCUGCGGCGCCGUCGCCAAGAUCGUCCGCCUGUCCGCCGAGCUGUCGCCCGAGAGGUUCGCCACGUACGGCGGCCAGUCCGACUUCCUCCUCGGCGGCCUGACCUCGGGCAGCGCGGGCUGCAUCGCCGCCUUCGCCAACGUCUUCCCCCGCGUGACGGUGCAGAUCUACAAGCUGCACGCCGAGGGAAAGGUUCAGGAGGCCUGGGAGCUGCACAAGAAGGCCGCCAUCGCCGAGCAGGCCACCAAGGCGGGCAUCGCCACCAUCAAGUACGCCGCGUCCGUCUUCACGGCGCCCCGCGCCGGGCUCGGCGGCCAGGAGAAGCUGUUCCAGCCGCGCAGCCCGUACCUGCCGGCUAGCGAGGAUCAGAAGAAGACGGUGCACGACUUGAUGGAGGAGCUCAACAAGGUCGAGGAGGAGCUUGCGGCUUCCAGCUGAGUGACCCCGACUGUUUCGAAACGGUUGAGUAUGUUUGUUCCUGUCUCAGGGAGAGGGGGGCACCGCGAUGUUUACGGUCACCUGAUCUGGACCUGGCAGCUCUUCAGUGGGACUGGGUUGGGUGUCAGACAUGGAUGAUAACCUAGCACCAAUCCGUGCCGUUGCAUAGAUGGGUCGGCAGUUGGUGCUGGCGACUGAGCGGUUGGCAUGAAGGGACCACCGGGUGUAUGAUGAGUCUAUGAUACGACAGAUGAAUGAAGCAUUUGAGUUUACGCCA